AUGGCGGCGGCGGAGCAACAACACGAAGAAGCUUUGGCGAUGGUGAUGCCGCCUAAGCCUCGACUGGCUCAUGGCUUUAGAUUCCACCCCGCCGACCAGGAGUUGGUGCUCUACUUCCUUCGCCGUAAGGUGUUUCAGCAGCCCUUCCGUCCUAUAACGGAAAUCGAUAUCUAUAGCUUCGAACCGUGGGAGCUUCACGACAAAGGGUUUUGGACGGCAACUGGGAGGGAUAGAGCGGUGCGCCAUAACUCAGAGAUUGUGGGCAUGAAGAAGACGCUGGUUUAUCAUGAAGGGCGAGCCCCAGCUGGGAGGAGAACUGGUUGGCAAAUGCAUGAAUACAGGCUUUCAAUAGAAGAGUUGGCCAAAGCUGCCCUACAACAGCAUGAAAAAUUGCUAUAUGAUGUAACUACUACCCUCGAGCGCAAGCAUGUGAUUAAAUUGUGA